CUCCGUAUAAAUGUUUGCCCGGUCGGUUAACCCCGAUUCAUCAUAAAUAGGAAAAAAUCAAGUCACGAACAGGAAAAAAUAAAAUGGCUCGGUUCAUUCGAACGGCUCAAAGAACAAUUGUCUCUUCUGCUUCGAAAACCCUAAGCAAUGGCAACCAAUCACGAAUCGCAACGGCAGCUUCACUUAUCCAAUUCAAACGAUACGCGACCUGCAAAACCCACCUAUCGCCUUUCAAAACCAACAUCCUCAGAAUCCUAAGCAACGAGAUCGAGUACCAGCACGACUACGCCCCUCCCCAUCAGCCUGCUACGAGUUUCAAAUCAUUUACGGUCCAAGACCGACCGGGGGGGAAGUGGAUGACAAUGAGGGGAAAAUAUGGAGACAGUGAGGAAAUUAAAAUUGAAGUUACUAUGUUUGACGGUUGUGUGUUUGUUCCAAAGCCUGGAGAAGAUAGCAAUGGGGAAAAUGUGCUUCUUCACAUUAGCUUGCUUGUUGAUAUUUCCAAGGGUCAAGGUUGUCCUGAAAUGGAAUUCUUGUGCUCGGCUUGGCCUGACCGUUUAGAAAUCCAGAAAGUUUACUUACUAAAUCGCGAUAAGAUUGUUAUUAAUCCUUACAUGGGACCUGAUUUCAGAAAAAUGGAUGGGAAGCUUCAGAAGAUGCUUUGUGAUUACUUAGAAGCGAGGGGGGUAAAUAGUGAACUUUGUGUUUUUUUGCAUGAGUAUAUGAUGAACAAGGAUAGAAUUGAACUCAUCCAAUGGCUGGGAAAUGUCAAAUCCUUUGUGGAAAAAUAGAAUGAGUUAUGUCUUUGAAAAUUUGAUCUUGCUGAUUAGAAGUAUCUGUACUAGGAUCAUGGUAGUUUUGGUUUAUAUUCCUCUUUGAUUUGUGGCUAUCCAAAGUGGAACAUAAAAUCCAAAUUGAUUGACCAUAUUGCGGCAUUUGACUACUCUCUGUUUUCUUGUCUUUGCUUUAACUAAGCUGCAGAAGAAGGUGAGUAGUUUCUUUGUGCAGGAUCUUUAGUGGUGCUGGUAACAAGAAGUUUCUGAGGAUUCUAUGUACUUGAUAACUCUCUUUUUUAGAGCUUUGAUAUGUUUUUAACCAAAUUUUAGGGUCUCAAAGUAGUUUACAACCUGUAUGUGAGGUGCUGUAGCAAUUCUUAUAAAGUAAUUAUAAUUGCAUUGUCUCAUAUCAAAGCAUUAUAUUGGAAGGUAAUUAGUAACUACAGAAAAGACAGUAACUUCAAAAUAAAACUUACUGAAGUAUAACAAACCUUGCCACUGAAAAAAAAAAAAUACUUAUGUCAAUAUCUGCAUGGACAUUUACCCCUUGACCUUUCCUUUCAAUCUGUUCUUCCAUCCUUCCUGCUAGCAGGAGGCUACAUUAUUUCUUGAACUAUGUGACGGGUGAAAGCAUGUGGUUGAGUAGCCUUAGCCUCUCUUUAUACCAUUAACUAAAGUAUUGCUACCUUCAUUGACCCUCUCUCGGUGUUGCACAGCUGAAAAUGCUCAAGGUGCUGUGUUGGUUAAAUUGCUCAUUUUUCUUUGCUUUUCUUAAUUGGAAACUCCUCCAUUUAGAAUCUCGAGAAAUUACACUGGUGAUGCUGCCAGGUAUGCUCCAUGAAUUUCUUUUGAUUUAUACAAAGGAGCAUAGAAUGAGUUGUGCGCCCUCCGCCCCAUCUUACUAAUAAGAAUGAAGGGCUUUGAUGCCAGCAAGCAAGCAUCCUUGUAGUUGUUGGGGAGUAGGGUUCCAAACCUUGUUUUUUAGUUUUUAUAGAAAAUAAUAACCCCAGUUUACUUUUUUUGUGGUGUUGUUGACGUUGUUGAAAGCGAAUUUUGAAGUAGGCCUCGCUUUUCGGAGCUGCUCCCAGCUCACACUAUGGUGGAGGAGGUGCCGUGAAGAUCUAGGAAUGUGAGCAGUACGAGCUGAAAGGCUCCCAUACUGUUUGGAGGGCAGGGGCAUAAAUGCCAAACAAAGCUGACCCCUAU